GUACUCCACGCAUGCGCAGCGGGCCAUUGCAGCUUCCGGGGUUGUGUUCUACACACUGAGCACACGUCAUCGCACUUCUGCCCUGUGUGUACACACAGUCUAAGCUCUCUCUGCCCUCCCCCUUGCACCUUUCACCGCACAGGGCGAGUAGCCCAUUGAUCCCGGCCUGUGUGCUUUCACUGUCUGCUGGAGAUUUUCUUUCGGGGUGUGCGUUUCGAGCCACUGCUGUAGGAGGCAAAGAAUUCAACAUGAAUUUCCUCAGGGGAGUGAUGGGAGGGCAGCAAACCUCUGGAGCUCAACAGUCCGGGACCCAGACCAUCCAGAAGCUGUGCGACAGGGUUGCCUCUGCCACUCUACUAGAUGAUCGAAGAGAUGCAGUACGAGCCCUCAAAUCUUUAUCAAAGAAAUACCGCUUCGAUGUGGCCACUCAAGCUAUGGAUCAUCUUAUUAAUGUUCUACAGACAGACCGUUCCGACUCGGAAAUAAUUGGUUAUGCUUUGGACACUUUAUACAAUAUAAUGUCAAAUGACGCAGAUGAAACAGCUGAAUCAGAAGAUGAGAACCAGCAGAUUGCCCCAGAUGAUUUAGGAGUCCAGUUUUCUGAAACCUUCAUUAAUCAGCAAGAAAAUAUCACCCUCCUGUUGUCACUUUUGGAGGAGUUCGAUUUUCAUGUUCGAUGGCCUGGGGUAAAACUACUGACAACACUAUUAAAACAUCAAGGCCCACAAGUACAGCAAACUGUCUUAGUAAGCCCAAUGGGUGUUUCAAGACUUAUGGAUUUAUUAGAUGAUUCCAGAGAGGUGAUACGAAAUGAUGGCCUUUUGUUGCUCCAGCAACUGACUAAAAGUAAUGCUGCCAUUCAGAAAAUUGUUGCUUUUGAAAAUGCAUAUGAAAGACUUCUUGACAUAAUUACAGAAGAAGGAAGUAGUGAUGGAGGCAUCGUGGUCGAGGACUGUCUGUUGUUGCUACAGAACCUUUUGAAGUAUAACAACUCAAAUCAAAACUUCUUCAAAGAAGGCUCAUAUAUCCAACGCAUGAAACCUUGGUUUGAAGUGGGGGAUGACAAUUCUGGAUGGUCUGCACAGAAAGUCACAAAUCUUCAUUUAAUGCUCCAGCUUGUCCGUGUCCUGGUGUCUCCAGUAAAUCCUCCUGGUGCAACCAACAGUUGCCAGAAGUCCAUGUUCCAGUGUGGCCUGCUUCAGCAACUCUGCAUUAUCUUAAUGGCUACUGGGGUACCUGCUGAUAUCCUGACUGAGACAAUCAACACUGUGUCUGAAGUGAUCAGAGGAAGUCAGGUGAACCAGGACUACUUUGCAUCAGUAAAUGCUCCAUCAAACCCACCAAGGCCUGCUAUAGUGGUUCUGCUGAUGUCAAUGGUAAAUGAAAGACAGCCGUUUGUUUUGCGAUGUGCAGUGUUAUACUGCUUUCAGUGCUUCUUAUACAAGAACGAAAAAGGUCAAGGAGAAAUUGUGGCUACACUACUUCCUUCCACUAUUGACGCUAAUGCACUCUCAGCAGGGCAGCUGCUGUGUGGAGGCCUCUUUUCUACAGACUCGCUCUCAAAUUGGUGUGCAGCAGUUGCACUGGCUCAUGCCCUGUUAGACAACGCUACCCAGAAAGAGCAACUACUCAGAGUUCAACUUGCUACAAGUAUUGGUAACCCACCAGUAUCACUGCUUCAACAGUGCACAAACAUUCUCUCACAGGGGGAUAAGCUCAUCAGACGGGGCAGCAAGGUACAGACAAGAGUCGGACUCCUGAUGCUGCUUUGCACAUGGUUAACCAACUGUCCUAUUGCCGUCACACAUUUUCUUCAUAAUGCAGCAAAUGUGCCCUUUCUUACAGCACAGAUUUCAGAAAACCUUGGAGAAGAAGAGCACUUGGUACAGGGCCUGUGCGCUUUGCUGUUAGGCAUAUGUAUAUACUACAACGAUAACUCCCUUGAAAACAAUACCAAAGAUAAAUUAAAGCAACUGAUAGAAAAGAGGAUUGGAAAAGAAAACUUCACAGAGAAACUAGGCUUCAUUACUAAGCAUGAGUUCUACUCCAAAGCAGCACAGAAACCACAGCCCACAUUUUCUAGUCCUGACCACAUGUUGUUUGACCAUGAAUUUACCAAACUUGUAAAAGAGCUAGAAGUUGUAAUUACAAAAGCCAUCUAUAAAUCUAGUGAAGAAGACAAAAAAGAGGAGGAAGUGAAAAAGUCUUUGGAACAACAUGACAGUAUUGUUUCCCACUACAAAAGUAUCAUCAGGGAGCAGGACAUAAAAAUGGAAGAGUUUAAGCAAACCAUUGCUUCUCUCCAAUCAACAAAUGAGCAGAAUCAGUCAACCAUCUCCUUACAGUUGGGCCAAAUUCAGCAACACAAAGACCAGUACAAUCUUCUCAAGGUGCAACUAGGGAAAGACAGUCAGCAUCACGGUUCCCAAAACAGUACUACACAAAUGAAUGGCUUUCAACCUGAGGAUGUCAGUCGGUUAAAAGGGGAAGUAGAAGAACUAAAAAGGCAGCAAGAUAUAUUACAAGGAGAACUUUCAGAGAAAAAUGUUCUUAUAGAAUCCCUGCAACAAAGUCAAGUGGACGGCCAAACUGAUCAAAUGACUGAAGAAAUUCAAAAGGAACUUGAGACACUACGAUCCCAGUUACAUGUUCAGUCUGCAGAAAUAAACAGACUACAAGCUGAGAGAAUGGAGCUUCUUCAGAAAACAGAAACCAGUGGUUCACUUUCUGCUUCGGGUGAUUCUUCAGUGAACUCCCAGUCAAACACAGAAAUGGAACAGAAAGUGGCUGAAUUAUUAAAGGAGAUAGCAGGCCUGAAGGAACAUCUCAAAAAUCAGUCUGAGGAGAAAUCAUCUUGGAAACAGCAACUAGACACAGCUCAAAGUACAGCAGCCAUUUUGCAAGAUGAAAAUCAAAAAUUAAAGCAGGAAGUGACUGAGUCAAAGAAAGAACAAGAUGACCUUCUUGUUCUCCUCGCUGAUCAAGAUCAGAAAAUAUUUUCUCUGAAGAAAAGACUGAAAGAACUUGGAGAGCCAGUGGAGGAUGAAGAUGAUAUGGAGUCUGGAGAUGCAGGAGAUGAAGAUGAUAUUGAUGAUGACGACGAAGAUGAUGUCAGAGAUGAGGAAGAUUAGCAUGUUUUUUCAGUAACAAGCUGUCCUGAUGUCUGUUCUUUAAAAAUCAAUAGUGAUUUCCUCAUGCAGCCAAAUAGCAUUUGAGUAGUGAAGGGGAUGGAGUUCGCCAAAGGGACUGCUGUUUAAGUUUUAGAGCUGUUGACAUGUCUCUGUUUCUAGAUAAAAAAAAAUUAAGCAAUUCUUUGGAGAAACAAGAAUUCCAGGAUGUCUAGUAUGUAUGCUUUGGAACAUUAUCCACUGGAUACCCCUGGCAGUGUUAUUCUUGCACCACAUUAUUUGUCGUGCUUCAGGCUGCCUUUCCCAUUGCUAAGCAUUGCCAUGCAAUGUUAAAUGGUGUAUCCCAAAACUGAGUCUCCAUCUGCUGCUUGUGCUAUGCUGCAGGAAUAAAGAUCACAGAGUCUUACCCCAGCCACAGUUUUUGUUCUUUUAAGGGUUUGUGGAGACUAUUAGGUUCAUUGACAGCAGAGUGUAAAUCUAUCCAUUUUGUUUUAGCUUGUACAUGACUGUCACAGAGAAAAUAUAUGUAUAGUGCCUUCAUGCCUGAGACAACUGCAUUUCUCGCAAUCCAAGUGGGGGUAUCUGUGUUUUUGUUAUUCAGGAUGUUCUGACAUUUUAUGGGCACAAUUAUACUAACUUUUAAUAAGGAGGGUUCAUAAAAUGCUGUAACCUAAGGUAUCCGCAGGUUUACUGUACUAUCGCAUAGAAACAGAGGCUUAUAUUCAUAUAAUUUAUUGGCAUUGGAUGGCCAAAUGGAAUUAAGUAAAUAAUUUUAUGAGUGGAAAAUAUAAAUUACAUUAAUUUCAUGUUUUACAAAUAAAAAAAAUAUGGGAUUUACUAAUACUUCCCUACUUGCAGCCUUUCAAAUAUUUUUAAUGCCAUAUUAUUGAAUUCCUCUAAAUACAGCACUCAGUUUUAUGAAAGUGGCCUACAACACCACAAUAAAUAUUUAUAUACAAGCAGAUAUUAAUUAACCUCAAUGUAUGUGGUUCUUUGGAAAUCUAAAGUCCAGAUUUUGCCUUCAUUUUACACUUUAGAGUACUUACAUAUCCAGAGUUUUCUGACCAGCUGCAGAAUCUGUCUAUAUUUCUCAGUUAGUGUCUGUAUUCGCAAAAGGCACACUAAGCCUUUAUUAAUUCAAUGAGUAAAAUUCACUAAUGCAUAUGCAAAGGUUUUAGGAGUUUAACAGGAUAUAUCUGUAAGUAAGGCUAUGAUUAUGGGUGAGGCCAUUUUUCAUGAUUAUCAGCACAUAUGUCAGUAGCAUAUAGUGAAUUAGCUAGCAUGGUAACAGAUUAAACCUCUGUAUUUAAACAUA